UCCCGAAACCAAACCUUAUCAUCACUCCACAAAGCCUAUUCCACAUCCAAGUGGCACUCCUUUGCUCAAAGAGAAACACCUUGCAGGUCCAUAAUCAUUAACAUGGAGGAAGAAAGUGCAUGGGUUGAGUCAGGUGCUACAAUUGGAGAACUCUAUUAUGCAAUUGCAAAGAGAAGCAAGGUUCAUGGUUUCCCAGCUGGAAGUUGCUCCACUAUUGGUGUUGGAGGGCACCUUAGUGGAGGUGGGUUUGGCACCAUUUUCAGAAAAUAUGGCCUAGCAUCUGAUAACGUAAUUGAUGCACAAAUGGUAGAUGCUAAUGGGAAGAUACUGAACAGAACACUGAUGGGGGAAGAUCUUUUUUGGGCCAUAAGAGGAGGGGGAGGAUCUAGCUUUGGAGUCAUAACUGCAUGGAAAAUCAAGCUUGUGCAUGUUCCUCCAACAGUGACAACUUUUGAUGUUUCAAGAACCCUUGAUCAAGGUGCCACUAGCCUUUUCCACAAGUGGCAAACAACUGCUCCAAAUCUUCCUUCAGAGCUUUUUUUGCACACUGUUGUGGGAGUUUCCAAUUCACCUUCUCAAGGUGUAAACAAAACUGUGGUGGUUUCCUUCUCAGGACUUUAUCUUGGGACAGCAGAGAAUCUCCUUCCUUUGAUGCAAAACAGUUUUGCUGAAUUGGGUUUGCAAAGCAACAACCUCACCCAGAUGACUUGGAUUCAAUCCGUUCUUCACUUUGCAGGCCAUUCAAUAGAUGAGUCCUUGGAAGUCUUGCUCAGGAGAAACCAAACAUCCCCUUCUUCCAAAGCAAAAUCUGACUAUGUGAAGGAACCAAUUCCAUUACUUGGGUUAGAAGGGCUAUGGAAGAUGCUACUCUUGGAGAAUUCACCGCUCCUGAUAUUCACACCAUAUGGUGGAAUAAUGAGUGAGAUUUCUGAAUCAGAAACCCCGUUUCCACAUAGAAAAGGGAACUUAUAUGGAAUUCAGUAUUCGGUGACUUUGGUUUCAAAUGAAGAAGAGGCGAAGCAUAUAGAUUGGAUAAGAAGAUUGUAUACAUAUAUGGCACCUUAUGUGUCAAAGUUGCCAAGACAAGCGUAUUUGAAUUAUAGAGACCUUGAUUUGGGUGUGAAUAGAGGGAACUCUGGCUAUGAAAAAGCAAAACCUUGGGGUUUGAAAUAUUUCAAUAACAAUUUUGAAAGGUUGGCACGAGUAAAGGCCAGGGUUGAUCCUGGAAACUUUUUCAGGGAUGAGCAGAGUAUUCCUCCUUUGUAGAACAUGCCAAUCACAAAUAAUAAAUUAAUGAAAUUUGCAAACAUAAGCAUAGGCAUAGUUUUCUGAAGAAGUUGUGCUUUGUAAAUUCUAAGGUAUUAAAGGGAAGCACUCUUGCAAUAUUAAUUUUCAUUUGACACCUCUUGCAGUAGCUUAUAGCAUUAACAAAA